AUAACAUGUUAAACUUAUAGUAUUUCGUUAACUGCUGCCAUCUCUGAGUACAAAGUUAAAUUAAAUUCUAAAGUCUGAACAUCCAUGUAGAGGAAAUCUAUUUUUUAUACCAACCAUAAGAAAAUAAAACAAAACCUAAAAUAAAAAAUUGGUGUAAUUGUGAGGUUAAGUACUUAAUGUUCAUGUUUAUAUCUUUUGCCGGUUAAUGUUAAUCAACUGAAAUGGCAAACAAACUAAACAAAGCAUUUUAUAACACCGUAUUGUCUCAAACAUUUAGCCCAUGUGGAAACUACCUUAUUACAGGUGAUAUUUACGACGUUGUUUCUGUUUUUCAUUUAUCAAAAAUUGUACAUCCAGAAAACAAUUUAAGCAAAGAGGAACUCACACCUAAAAAUAGAUUUACAGUUAAAGAUGGUUUACCAAUAAACAGUUUGCUGACGACACAGUCACACUUAAUCGUUGGAGGUGUCGGAGAAAUUUUCGCUUAUCAGUGGAAGAGCGUGAAGACUAGCAAAAAUGUGCAACCUGUUUGGUCGAUAGAUAUUCCAGGUCAGAAAGGAAUUUUUGAUAAGACGGAUGUGAACUGUUUGUUGUACAAUGAAGACACUGGACAUGUUUACGCAGGCUGUGGAGAUAAUAAUAUCUACGUUUUUGAAAUUGAAAGUAGGAAACUUCUGAAAACUCUCAGUAAACAUAAAGAUUUCAUACAUUGUCUCACAAUAAACGGAAACGAUAUAAUCUCGGGUGGUGAAGAUGGUUUAGUUAAUAUUUGGGAUUUACGAACGUAUAAAGUUUCUAACAAAAUAGAGCCUCAUUUAAAUGACAAAGUUGUUCGUGCAGAGAUAGGUCAUUGGAUUGGAGCAGUGAGUUCUAAUGAAGAUUAUGUGUUGUGUGGGGGUGGACCUCGUUUGUCGUUAUGGCAUUGCCGCUUCUUAUCAAACUCUACGAUAUUUCCAAUCGAUGACAAAGGUAUACAUGUGGCGGAGAUAUUCAAUGACAAAAUUUUAGCUGGUGGUAGAUCUAGGCUUUUUUAUCAGAUGACCUUCAUUGGUGAUAUAAUUUCGAAAAUACCAACUUCUGCGGUUACAACUUAUAGUGCCAUUCACCAGGAAGAACCAUUUCAAUUGUUAAGUAUUGCGGGGUCGAGCCCUAAGAUUGACAUUUGUAAUAAUUUUAUGUACAAAAAUCAGCAACUGUCUUUGUAUUAGUUUGAUAAAAAUUAGUUUCAUGUAUAAAAUAUAUGUAAUUUUGUCACA